GCUGAGGUGCCCGAGGAAUCUUCUUCAUCUGCAUCUCUUCGGCUCCUUCAUGCUGAGAGCUCUCGUCGUCCUGAUCAAGAACUCCUCCCACGUGGAGAGCGUCGAGCCUGCAGCGGACCUCUGGCCUAAGCACACGUGGACCUGUAAGCUGAUGAUCAGUGUGUGGCAGUACUUCAUCGUGGCCAACUACUCGUGGCUGCUCAUGGAAGGACUCUACCUACACAGCCUCAUCUUCAUGGCGCUCUUCACCGACUCCUCCGCCAUCACCUGCUACAUCCUCCUCGGCUGGGGUCUGCCGCUGGGGUGCGUGGGCGUGUGGGCCACCCUGAGAGCCACCCUCGACGACACUGACUGUUGGACCGUUCAGAACGUCCAGUGGAUCUUCUGGGUGUGCAUCAGGGCCCCGGUGGCCGUCUCUAAUCUCAUCAACUUCUUCUUCUUCCUCAAUGUGGUUCGUGUCUUGAUUCUCAAGCUGAGGUCAUCCAUAUCCACCGAGUCUAUGAAGUACAGGAAGCUGGGCAAGUCAACACUGGUUUUAGUGCCACUGUUUGGAGUCCAUUACUUUGUACUGUGGGGUCUGUCUACCUCCACUAACGCCUAUGUAGAGUUGGCUUGGCUCUUCCUCGACCAGGUGUUCGCCUCCUUCCAGGGUUUCUUCGUGGCAGUGCUGUACUGCCUGAUGAACGGCGAGGUGCGCCAGGAGCUGCGGAAGCUGUACAACCGGUGGUUCAACGGCGACCUACUCAUCUUGAACUCCCACUCGACCCUCGUCUCACAGACGAAGACCUACGCCAGCCGUGGUCGGACUUCGCUCUCCAUACACUCCCAAGGGGAGCGGCGUGACCGUCAGACACCCUCUCCACAGAUGGCCAGACCUGGUGGUGGGGAUGGUCCUGGUUCGAGGCCCCGCACCCCCUCUCCCUCCCCAACCCCCACUCUCACCCCAUCUUUCGUCUCCAGGCAGCACUCACGGGAUAUGAGUACGGGUCAGUGCUCAUCCGGAUCGUUUGAUGAAGCCAUAGAACUCCAGCCUCGCACAGCCACAGAUGUAACUCAGCUCCAGAACCACGUUGUCCAGGAGUCAAGUUUCGAAGACCCAGUAUACUCUCCAUCCUACCUCUCUACACCUACGUUUACCUCAAAUGAAGUCAACGCUAGCAAGAACAAGACUGAAGCAACUCCCGUCGAAAUACUCAUUGAUCUCCACGAUGAAAAUUGUGCUUUACCGGAAGAUACCAAUUUGACAAAUGGGUGCUCUAGCCCCAGAAGCAAUGGCCCAGUUGCCUCUCAAAAUGGUCAGGUCAAUGGGAAAACGAGGGAGAAGCACCUAACUUUUUCUGAAUCAACAGAGCAGUUUCUCAGUGCCAAGACGAGCCCAUCUAAAGAAAAUGGGUCGGUCAUAAUUAGAAGUAAAAAUAAUAAUGAAGAUGUUAGCAAAGGAGUCAUAUGUGUCAAUGUGAAUAAGAACAGUCUAAAAUCAACAAGCCCUCUCCAAGUUGACUCACAUAUAAUUAAGAAAAACAACAAAGGGAAAGAACAAGAAACUAUGUUGUAAAUUAGUCUUUUUACAUAAAUAAUGAAUGAAAAGAUAUAUAUACCAGAUUAUUUAGAAUAGAAGAGUAUGAUGUGUAUGAUACCACGGGUCUUUCCUCCUAUCUUUGCCAUGUUAUGUGGCACAGAAUGUGAUCUCUCUCUCUUCAUUCAAGUUACUGACCUGUAAAACACUUCCUUUGGCGUCUUACCAGAAAAACUGUUUCUUCCUGAAUGGUGCAGAUUCUAGUUCUUUUACCGUAUCUAAAAAACUAAUUCACGUUUUUACAUAUAACUUACAAGCAACAAGUAAACUUUUCAAGUAAAAAGUUUGAUUUGGAAAAGAACUUAUCCUCGUGACAUUUAUACAGCAGAACUCCUAAAAGAAAUCUAUAUAAACUUUAUUAACGAAGGCAGUGAUGAGUUUUCUGAAACUUUAAGAAUGUCUCUUGGUAAUAAUCUGUACAUACAGGACUACAUUUUCCUGUCUAUUUUGACAGUUAAUACUGAUUCAUUGUGGUGAGGGAGUCGGCUACUACUGAGUACUUUAUACAGUAUUUAUUUUUAGUGAUGUGCCAGUAUCUUCUGUGAUGGGGGAAAGUCAAAUGGAAAGUUAGAGGUGCUGUAGUUUUAAGAACAAUGUGCCAGAACUCUUUGUCACAUUAUUAGACGUGUGGCGGAACAAUUGGCGUGUCAGUGCGUGUGUGUGUGUUUGUCAGAAAAUUGUCACGUGUGUGUUGGAAUAAUUGUCACAUCAAUACGCGUGUCAACAAGUGACACAUCAAUACGCGUGUCAACAUGUGUCACAUCAAUACGCGUGUCAACAAGUGACACAUCAAUACACGUGUGUCAACAAAGUGUUACAUCAAUACACGUGUGUCAACAAGUGUCACAUCAAUACGCGUGUCAACAAGUGUCACAUCAAUACGCGUGUCAACAAGUGUCACAUCAAUGCGCGUGUCAACAUGUGUCACAUCAAUACGCGCGUCAACAAGUGUCACAUCAAUACGCGUGUCAACAAGUGACACAUCAAUACACGUGUGUCAACAAAGUGUUACAUCAAUACACGUGUGUCAACAAGUG